AUGGCUUCCGCCGAGGCGACCAUGAACGGUGGCGGUGGCAGCUCCAGCCUUGAGGGCUUGUCCAAUGCCGAAAAGCUGCAGCGCCAGCAUGAAGAGCACGAGGCACACAAGGUGACGGUCGAAGACGCCCCCGAUGAGGAUCUUCCCUCGUCCGCGGCUGUGAACAACAGCGAGCAGUCGACCGCGGCGGACUCGACUGCCGGCAGCAAAGCCGCGGGCAAGCAGCCGGUGCGCGAUGCUGUCCCCGGUGCCGCUUCGAACAGGCCGCCCAUUGACACGCAGUCGGAGGAGCUCUUCCCAGCACUGGGUGCCCCAAAAGCUGCCGCCGCCGCCGCCGCCGCUCCAUCGAUGUGGUCCAAGAGGCCAGCUGCCGUCGCCAAGCCCGCCAACAACGCAACGAACGGUUUCGCCAAUGGCAACACCAAUGCAUCCUCCCGUGCCUCCAAUCCAGCUUCCGGUAUGCUCGUGCCAGGCUCCACUGCACCAUCCCAGCGCGGCCCCGUCCCGCAAAUGUCCCUUCCCGGCCGCUACACCGAGCGCAUCGAAUUGCCUGCCAAUAUGAUCACCGCGAAGAAGGACCUGAAGAAGCCGGUUGCCGACAUCCUUCGUGACAUCAACAAGCGCUCCAAGGCCAACGUCGAGGCGAAGAGCGGCGCAGCUGGAGGUCUGACACUCGAGGGAACUGGCCCAGUCGAUGCCGUUCGCGCCGCUCUGAGGGAAGCCGCCAACCAGCUGUGCUCAAAGCAAAAUGUUACUGUUCCAGUGCCGGCCGCCAUUCGAGGUAGGAUUGUUGGUAAGCAGGGUGCCAUGAUCCAGAAGAUCAGCCAGAAAUCCGGGGCCAAGAUCGACAUUGCGAAGCAGGACAACACACAGCAACUCGAUGAAGAUGAUAUGGACACUACGGUAGAUGUCACCAUUUCAGGCGACCCAUUCGCGGUGCAGCUGGCUAAGCAGGACAUCCUGAACAUUGUGGGCGAGCACACCUCGUCCGCCAAUACUCGCCUGAAGCACAUCCCAGCAGAGUACUAUCCGUUUUUGGGCCAACGAUUCGGCUCGCUGCAAAACGGACGUGACCUUGAGCUGAAGAUCCCACAGUACCACCAACACCAUCAGACGCCUCAGCAAGCUCCAGCCAACCGAGCACCAGCUACGUUUGUCCCUCAUCCUAGCCUGCCCAUCCAGCUCAGUGGAGACAGACAAGCUAUCGCCGAUGCCAAGGCUGAGAUCGAUCGUCAUGUGCAGGAGCUUCAGCGACAACUCACCAUGGAGCAGAUGCCAGUAGAGCGUGGCAGACACCAGUUCAUCGUUGGUGACCGAGGCACCUCGCUCGACAGCUUUCUCCAGGAGACGGGAUGCUCCAUCAUCUUGCCAUCUGAAGGCGAUGACACAGAGAUGAUCACGAUCGUAGGACCACCUAACAGGAUCGAUCAGGGCGUCGAUAAGAUCAUGGACCUGGCGUCUAGCAUGUCCAUGGCGUCUGCUGAUGUUGCCCGCCAACAUGCUACAGCGCCACGAGGUGGACGGGCCCAUGCUCGCGAUAUUGCCCGCUAUCUGCAGCAACAGCAGGCUAUCGAGCAGCUGGAGCGCCUCCACAACGCCAGCAUUGUUCCUGAGAGCUCCGGUGCCUGGAACAUCUAUGCUCGCGAUCCAAAGGCCGCGCAAAAAGCUCGCAUGGAUGUCAUGAACCUGGUCAGUGGCCACCCUCCUGCGCGCUUCCAUCCCGUGGACGUCGAUUCAUUCUACCACCAGCACCUACGGGAUCAGGCAGCCCGUCACGUUAGAGAUCAGUACGGUGUCCGCAUGGUCGUACCAGACGAGUACGACGAAUCGCCGAUCCUUCUUGUCUACGAAGACCGUGUCCCAUCGCCAGAGUACCAGCUGCCACGCGGAAAUCCAUCUGCACAAGACGCGGCAGCAUUUAGGCAGGCCCUGCAGGAGGCCGAGAAGCACAUUCUCGGUCUGACCAGCGGUCACCAGAACAUCGUGUCCCAAGAAGUGGACGCCCCUGCCAAAUUUCACGACAAGAUUCGCCGUCAUGUUGACCGUCACCACCAGUCUCUGGGCGAGGGUCGCAUCCCGGUUCAGGUCAACUAUGGCCAAAGCCAGCAGGCACAACGCCGCACAGUCGCACCCAACGUCAACCUACGUGGCCCACAGGAUAGUGUUGAUGCGCUCCUACAGAGCCUACUGGCUUUCAUUGAGCAGGAGCAGAAGGAUGAGCUUGAGCGUGGGUUCACCCUCAACUUUGACUUCCCACAGAAGUUCGCCAACCACCUCAUCGGGCGAAAGGGCGAGAACAUCAACCGCCUGCGCGAGGAGUUUGAUGUCGACAUCCAGCUCAACGAUGGCAAAUGUGAGAUCAAAGGUCCCGAGGCCAAAGCAAAUGCCUGCAAGAAGCACAUUUUGGACCUGGGCAGAAAGCUCGAAGACGAAGCUACCCAUCACAUCAACGUUCCUGCGAACUUCCAUCGCGAUCUGAUUGGCGCGAAGGGUGAAUCGGUCAAUCGUCUUCAGGAUCGUUAUGGUGUCCGCAUCAACUUCCCACGGAGCAGACCGGCCGAAGAUGAUGCAUCUGUAGCUGACGAUGCUGCCGGUCGUCGCAACAACCAGGCUCCCAACGAGGUCAUUAUCAAGGGCCCGAGCAAAGGUGCUGAUGCUUGCCGUGACGAGCUGUUGAGCCUGCUGCAAUGGGUUAAGGAUAACUCAUUCACGGCAACAGUGUCAGUGGCACAGAACCAGCUGCCUUCGCUCAUCGGCGCAGGUGGUAAGGAGAUGGAAAGCCUACGCCUGGAGACCAACGCCCAUAUCGAUGUGCCAAGCUCUCGAGAGGCUGCUAGCCCCGACGGCCGCGCAGAAAUCAAGAUCAGGGGCUCGAAGACUGCUGUAGAAAAGGCGAAGAAGCUUAUUGAGGAGAAGGCUAAGGUCUUCGACAACACAGUCACGAGAUCCCUCGAUGUUGACCGCAAGCACCAUCGUCGCAUUAUUGGACCCCAGGGCACAAACUUGCGCAGCAUUAUUCAGCAGGCAGGCGGUCCUGACGACCAGCGUCUGCACAACCGGAUGAUCCGCUUCCCGAAGAACGAUGCUGAUGGCAAUGCCAUUCGUGUCGAAGGCCAGAAAUCCGUGGUCGACAGUAUUUGUGCUGCUAUCGAAGCUAUGGUCGCCGAACAAGAGUCCCAAGUGACUGAGAUCGUCGAGGUGAAGCCCGAGAAGCACAGGCUACUGAUCGGCAGAGGUGGCGAGACAAGACGCCAGCUCGAAUUACAGUUCAAAGUCUCCAUUAACAUUCCCAGGCAAAGCGAGACCGGACCACAGCGAUCCCAAGUCCGCAUUGCUGGUAAACCUGAGGAUGUCGAGAAGGCCAAGGCGCAUAUCCUCGAGAUUACUAAAGACCAAGAAGGCGAUUCACUUGAUGUACCACGCCGGUUGCACCACAUCAUCGCGGACAAUGGCCAAUUCUUCCGACGACUUCGUAAUGAUCACAAAGUCACCAUUGAACACAAUGGGCACCGAGUUCCUCCAAAGCCUUCAACGCCACAGCCGAACCGCGCAAACGGUGCAUCGAUGCCACUUAUCACCGACGACCCGGCUGCUGGCGCCAACAGUCACUCUUGGGAGGCACACGACCUUCAUGCUGUAGCUGAAGACGGUGAGAUACCUUGGGUACUCAGCGGUCCUUCCCCAGAGGCUGUUCAGGUAGCACGUGCCAAGCUCGAGAAAGCGAUUGAAGAGGCCAACAGGCAGGACACCAUGGGAUUCCUUAUCCUACCAGACCCAAGAGCUUACAGACACGUGAUCGGGCCCGGCGGUAGCGAGAUCAACCGCAUCCGCAAGCAGACGGGCACCAAGAUCCAAGUCCCGCGCGACCAGAACAAGGGCGAGGCUAUCGAGAUUACAGGCGCGAAGAACGGCGUUGAGGAGGCAAGGGACAUCAUCUUGGAGAUUGUUCAGAACAACGCAUAG